CCUUCGUCCCGCAGAAGGAGAUCGUGUACAACAAGCUUCUGCCCUACGCCGAGCGGCUGGACGCUGAGUCGGAUUUGCAGCUGGCGCAGAUCAAGAGCAACCUGGGCCGGGCUGUGCAGCUGCAGGAGCUGUGGCCCGGGAGCCUCUUCUGGACCCGGAAACUCUCCACGUAUAUCCGACUUUAUGGGAGAAAAUUUAGCAAAGAAGAUCAUGUUCUUUUUAUUAAGUUAUUGUAUGAGCUGGUAUCAAUUCCGAAACUCGAAAUCAGCAUGAUGCAGGGAUUUGCCCGACUCUUGAUCAACUUAUUAAAGAAAAAGGAACUUCUCUCAAGAGAUGAUUUAGAGUUGCCGUGGAGACCACUUUAUGACAUGGUGGAAAAAAUAUUAUAUUCCAAGACAGAGCACCUGGGAUUAAAUUCAUUUCCUAAUUCUGUAGAAAAUGUUCUCAAAACACUCGUGAAAAGCUGCCGACCAUAUUUUCCCGCAGAUGCAACAGCAGAGAUGUUAGAAGAAUGGCGGCCUUUAAUGUGUCCUUUUGAUGUAACAAUGCAAAAGGCCAUCACUUAUUUUGAAAUAUUUCUUCCUACCUCCCUUCCUCCAGAACUGCAUCAUAAAGGUUUCAAACUUUGGUUUGAUGAAUUAAUUGGCCUUUGGGUUUCAGUGCAAAAUCUUCCACAGUGGGAGGGGCAAUUAGUAAAUCUUUUUGCUCGACUGGCUACAGAUAAUAUAGGAUAUAUAGAUUGGGAUCCAUAUGUACCAAAGAUAUUUACAAGAAUUUUGAGAAGCCUGAACCUCCCGGUGGGAAGCAGUCAAGUGUUAGUCCCCAGAUUUUUAACAAAUGCUUAUGAUAUAGGACAUGCUGUAAUAUGGAUCACCGCAAUGAUGGGUGGACCAAGUAAAUUAGUACAAAAACAUUUAUCUGGUUUGUUUAAUAGCAUCACAUCUUUUUAUCAUCCUUCAAAUAAUGGGCGUUGGCUGAACAAGUUAAUGAAACUUCUUCAGCGGUUGCCGAACAGUAUUGUUAGGAGAUUACAUCGUGAAAGAUAUAAGAAGCCCUCUUGGUUAACUCCUGUGCCUGAGAGCCACAAGCUUACUGAUCAAGAUGUUACAGACUUUGUACAAUGCAUUAUUCAGCCUGUCCUCUUGGCUAUGUUUAGCAAAACUGGUAGUCUAGAAGCAGCCCAGGCUCUGCAGAACCUUGCACUCAUGAGACCCGAGUUAGUAAUACCUCCUGUGCUUGAAAGAACAUACCCUGCUUUAGAGACAUUAACAGAACCUCACCAGCUCACAGCUACUUUAAGUUGUGUAAUCGGAGUAGCCCGAAGUUUGGUAUCAGGUGGCAAAUGGUUUCCUGAAGGUCCAACACACAUGCUACCUCUGUUGAUGAGAGCAUUGCCUGGGGUGGAUCCAAAUGACUUUAGUAAAUGCAUGAUCACAUUCCAAUUUAUAGGAACAUUUUCUACUCUGGUGCCUUUAGUAGAUUGUUCAUCUGUACUGCAAGAAAGAAAUGACCUCACAGAAAUCGAAAAAGAACUUUGUUCGGCCACAGCUGAAUUUGAAGAUUUCGUCUUACAGUUUAUGGACAGAUGCUUUGGACUAAUAGAAAGUAGCACAUUGGAACAAACAAGGGAAGAAACAGAAACGGAGAAAAUGACUCACUUGGAGAGUUUGGUUGAAUUAGGUUUGUCUUCCACAUUUAGUACAAUCCUCACACAGUGUUCCAAAGAAAUAUUUAUGGUUGCCCUUCAGAAGGUCUUUAACUUUUCUGUUUCACAUAUAUUUGAAACAAGAGUUGCAGGUCGCAUGGUGGCAGACAUGUGCCGUGCUGCUGUAAAGUGCUGCCCAGAAGAAUCCCUGAAGCUCUUUGUUCCUCACUGCUACGGUGUUAUAACUCAGCUUACAAUGAAUGAUGAUGUAUUAAAGGAAGAGGAGCUAGAUAAGGAGUUGCUGUGGAACCUUCAGCUUCUGUCUGAGAUUACUCGUGUGGAUGGGAAGAAGUUGCUUCUGUACAGGGAGCAGCUUGUGAAGAUUCUCCAUCGAACCCUACACCUGACCUGUAAGCAGGGCUACACACUGUCUUGCAACCUUCUGCAUCAUCUUCUUCGUUCUACCACACUAAUCUACCCCACAGAGUACUGCAGUGUGCCGGGUGGCUUUAACAAGCCACCUUCUGAAUACUUCCCUAUCAAGGACUGGGGUAAGCCUGGAGAUCUGUGGAAUCUGGGGAUCCAGUGGCAUGUUCCUUCUUCAGAGGAAGUCUCUUUCGCCUUCUAUUUGUUAGACUCCUUUCUUCAGCCUGAACUCAUCAAACUCCAACGUUGUGGGGAUGGAGAACUUGAAAUGUCUAGAGAUGAUAUUCUACAGAGUCUGACUAUAGUACACAACUGCUUGAUUGGCUCAGGGAACCUCCUACCUCCUUUGAAAGGAGAGCCAGUUACUAACUUACCCAUCCCGAGAGAACCACCGAGAAGCAAUUGCUAGAGUCAUACGGAAACUUCUUAACCACAUACUUGAUAAUUCAGAAGAUGAUACCAAAUCAUUGUUUCUCAUCAUAAAGAUUAUUGGAGACCUUCUGCAAUUCCAAGGAUCUCAUAAACAUGAAUUUGACUCCCGAUGGAAAAGCUUUAACUUAGUAAAGAAAUCAAUGGAAAAUCGGCUCCAUGGAAAAAAGCAACAUAUCAGAGCACUGCUAAUUGAUAGAGUGAUGCUGCAGCAUGAGUUGCGAACACUAACUGUUGAGGGUUGUGAGUAUAAAAGAAUACAUCAAGAUAUGAUCAGAGAUCUUCUUCGAUUGUCUACAAGUUCGUACAGUCAGGUCAGAAACAAGGCUCAGCAAACAUUUUUUGCUGCAUUGGGAGCAUAUAAUUUCUGUUGCAGAGAUAUCAUCCCUUUGGUUUUGGAGUUUUUACGACCUGAUAGACAGGAUGUCACACAGCAGCAGUUCAAGGGAGCCUUAUAUUGUCUACUUGGAAAUCAUAGUGGUGUGUGUCUGGCAAACCUUCAUGAUUGGGACUGUAUUGUGCAGACUUGGCCAGCACUUGUUUCUUCAGGGCUUAGCCAAGCAAUGUCACUGGAAAAGCCGUCAAUAGUGAGACUAUUUGAUGACCUUGCAGAAAAGAUUCAUAGACAAUAUGAAACAAUUGGCUUGGACUUCACAAUUCCAAAGCCAUGUGCUGCAAUAGCAGAAUUACUUGAACAAUCAAAGAAUCCUUCUAUUAAUCAGACGCUACUUAGCCCGGAAAAAAUUAAAGAAGGACAGAAGCGCCAGCAGGAAAAGAAUGCCGAUGCCCUAAGGAACUAUGAAAGUUUGGUAAAUACUUUACUAGAUGGUGUGGAGCAAAGAAAUUUGCCAUGGAAAUUUGAGCAUAUAGGCAUUGGGCUUCUGUCUCUACUCCUAAGAGACGACAGAGUGUUGCCGCUUCGUGCCAUACGUUUUUUUGUUGAAAAUCUCAACCAUGAUGCAAUCGUUGUUCGAAAGAUGGCCAUCUCAGCUGUUGCUGGUAUUCUCAAGCAGCUGAAGAGACCACACAAAAAGCUGACCAUCAACCCUUAUGAAAUCAGUGGAUGUCCUAAGCCCACCAGAAUGCUUGCUGGUGAUAGACCUGAUAAUCAUUGGUUACAUUAUGAUAGCAAAAGCAUACCAAGAACAAAAAAAGAAUGGGAGUCAAGUUGCUUUGUUGAAAAAACUCAUUGGGGAUACUACAAUUGGCCAAAGAACAUGGUUGUUUAUGCCGGUGUGGAAGAGCAGCCUAAGCUUGGCAGAAGCAGGGAGGAUAUGACGGAGGCAGAGCAGAUUGUGUAUGAUCAUUUUUCUGACCCCAAGUUUGUCGAGCAGUUAAUUACUUUUCUAUCUUUAGAGGACAGAAAAGGAAGAGAUAAGUUUAGUCCCCGGCGUUUCUGUCUCUUUAAGGGUGUAUUUAGGAAUUUUGAUGAUGCUUUUCUGCCUGUUCUGAAGCCCCAUUUAGAACGUUUGGUUGCAGAUUCUCAUGAAAGUACCCAGAGAUGUGUUGCAGAAAUUAUAGCUGGCUUAAUCAGAGGUUCUAAGCAUUGGACAUUUGAGAAGGUGGAGAAGCUUUGGGAACUCCUCUGCCCUCUGCUGAGAACAGCAUUGUCCAACAUGACAGUGGAGACGUACAAUGACUGGGGAACCUGUAUAGCCACAUCCUGUGAAAGCAGAGAUCCCCGGAAGCUUCAUUGGCUUUUUGAACUGCUCUUGGAGUCACCAUUGAGUGGUGAAGGGGGGUCCUUUGUAGAUGCAUGUCGACUCUAUGUGCUUCAAGGUGGCCUUGCCCAGCAAGAAUGGAGAGUCCCUGAGCUAUUACACAGACUUCUAAAGUACUUGGAACCCAAACUCACCCAGGUUUACAAAAAUGUCAGAGAAAGAAUAGGGAGUGUGCUGACCUACAUAUUCAUGAUAGAUGUUUCUUUGCCAAAUACUGCACCAACAACAUCCCCUUGUAUUCCCGAGUUUACUGCCCGAGUCUUAGAGAAACUGAAACCUCUCACAGAUGUGGAUGAAGAAAUUCAGAACCAUAUUAUGGAAGAAAAUGGCAUUGGUGAAGAAGAUGAACGAACUCAGGGCAUUAAACUCUUAAAAACCAUAUUGAAAUGGCUUAUGGCAAGUGCAGGAAGAUCUUUUUCUACAGCAGUCAAAGAACAGCUUCAGCUUCUGCCUUUAUUCUUUAAGAUCGCCCCAGUGGAAAAUGACAAUAGCUAUGAUGAACUGAAAAGAGAUGCAAAACUCUGUUUAUCACUAAUGUCUCAGGGGUUGCUCUACCCUCAUCAAGUGCCUUUGGUACUUCAGGUGCUAAACCAAACAGCAAGAAGCAGUUCUUGGCAUGCAAGAUAUACAGUGCUGACCUACCUCCAGACCAUGGUAUUUUAUAAUCUGUUUAUUUUCCUAAAUAAUGAAGAUGCAGUUAAAGACAUCAGAUGGCUGAUCAUACGCCUUUUGGAAGAUGAGCAGUUAGAGGUUCGAGAAAUGGCUGCUACUACCUUAAGUGGUCUGCUACAGUGUAACUUCCUUACCAUGGACAGUGGUAUGCAGAUUCAUUUUGAGCAACUUUGCAAAACAAAACUACCCAAGAAAAGAAAGCGAGACCCUGGUUCAGUGGGAGAUACCAUUCCUUCUGCAGAGUUGGUCAAACGUCAUGCUGGUGUGCUUGGACUUGGUGCAUGCGUUCUUUCUAGUCCUUAUGAUGUUCCCACCUGGAUGCCCCAGCUCCUUAUGAAUCUCAGUGCACAUUUGAAUGAUCCUCAGCCUAUUGAGAUGACUGUAAAGAAGACUUUAUCCAAUUUCCGAAGGACACACCAUGACAACUGGCAAGAACACAAGCAGCAGUUCACUGACGAUCAGCUGCUUGUCCUCACUGACCUCCUUGUGUCACCAUGCUAUUAUGCAUAGAGAGAUGACUAGUCCUGAUUUGGGGCUCAAUUCAUCAAAAAUUCCAGAUCCUCAGGUAUCAUCUGUGGUGACUCUCUGCAGGUCUCACAAUUCAGCCUCUGUUGAGCUGUCUUCAUUUUAGUGACUUCGGUGUUUGGCCUCAUUAGUCUUCGUUCACAGGUUCCCAGCUGCCAUUUGAUUUCCUAACUUGUCCUGAAGUUUCCCAGAAUACUGAUCACUUUUUCUUUGAGACGUAUGACAAAGUCACAAAGUCUCAGACUAGAAAUAACCCAGUAUGAUCAUGGCAUCAUGACCAAACAGUCUAGAAAUUUGUUAAAAAACAAUUUCCUUGGAAUGGAGAGAAUACUCGUCAGUAAUGUAGGUCCUGUCGUUUCGUUCAUCUCCAAUUAUUUUGACUCCUUCCUCAAAGGCUGUUGGAUUUAAUGGUAGUAGGCCAUGGGCCAUGCAUCUGAAGUCUGGAGAGCCACGAAGAGAAACGGAUCAAAGUGGGCUAGUCUCAGAAUUAACCUAUGACCUGACAGAUUGUUUGACCACAUUGCAGAAGUCUUCGUCUGUGUCCCCACAGACUGGAGUUUUUGGUGCUGAAUAAGAGCCAAUUGCUGAAAAACUGGGGGUUUGGUGAAUAAAUUUUAGACUGAUUUGUAUGUGUAUACAGUGUGUGAUUUUAAAAAUAAAAACAACAUCAAUAAACACCUUGGCUGGUUGCUUUUUACCCUUUAGUCUUCAUAAAUAUUGUUUUGCACCUCACCUUGAAAUACGUUGUACCUCAUAUAAAUGGACAAUUGUACAAUUGCUGUGUUUAAGGAAAUUUUCUUUUCAUAUCUCUCGCUUGCUCUCUCUCUAUUUCCCCCUCUCCCUCUCUUCCUCCCUCCCUCUCCCCCCUUCUGCCCCAUCCCUGCCUUUCCCUCUUCCCUCUCCCCCUUCUGCCUGCAUUCCUUCCUGCCUGCAGAAUCAUUGAAACUAAUAAGAGUUGGUAUGUGACUUGUUUGGUGUGUUACAUAGAUGUAAAAGGUUGUGUAAACUGUAGAGAUAACAUUGGCAAGAUUUUGUACAGAUGCAGCCCUUAACACAACCAUUGUGUGACUCGUUUGUAAGGAUUCACACACAACAUUUUACUAUAGCAACUUGGGGCUUUUGUACCUACACAAUACCAUUUUUAGUGUGUGUUUUUAAAUUAUUUUCUUUUAUCUUUUCAUGUUACAAAAGCUGAAAAGUAGGAUUAUUUAAUAUUAAAAUAUCUGGAUUUUUUUGUA